GUCACAAAGGACAGUUCUCAUGGAUCAUGCUCAAGGUCGUGUCCAGUGGGGAGAGGCGACCUAAUGUCAACAUCUGGCUACUAUUCAACUUUGCAGAUAAAGAACUGAGCCUUCUCUAUUUUGUCAGAGCUGGUAAACCUGAAGAAGAUGACUUUUCUGAACAAGCACGGGAGCCAUGAGUCAAUGGGUUGGUUGCCUACCGAGGAAGGAAGGAAGCAGUCUACAAAAACCACAGCUGGACAAACUCCCAAAAUGCUCCCACUAUUUUAGAGAUCAAACUAUCACUACGACUACCGGGUGUCCCAAGGGCAGGAUGCAGCUCUUCACAACCAAAGUGCUUGGGGAACAACUCGGAAACAGGAUUCCAUUUCUGCCCUUGGCCCUGACUGGAUACUUGCUCCAGGCAGAAAGAGACUGAUACAGAAAGCCACAAUCAAUCAAUAUACAGAAUUGUGAAGUCCAGUCCCGCUGGAGAAAUCUAUAAAACAACCCCUACACCUAAGACUUGCAGAAGAGAGACAGAAAGACUGACUGACAAGAGCAAAAGAGAAGGGCAGUGUCCCUUCAAGGGAGACCAGAGGACCUGUGGAAGUUUUGCAGAUGCUCUGAGACACCGCCAUGGCGGCCAGGAGACAGAACCAACAGCGCCAGAAGAGAGCAUUGUACUAAGAAAACGCCCGCCAAGCCCCAGAAAGAGAUAAGCAUGGUGGUAACCGCGAUUCCCGGGGGCGGGCGCCACCGCUUACCCCGCCCACCCACACGGAAAGGAAGAGGCGGGCGCCGGAAGUCGCUGACGUCUGAGCCCCUCCCGAGGCCAGCUUCUGGGCCGGAAAUGGAGCCUUAGUCCCACCCCCGCGCCUUCUACCUCGCGAGACUUGGUGGGCUCCUCCCUCUUUCUUUUCUGCCACCGCCAUGCCAUCCAGACUGAGGAAGACCCGGAAACUCCGGGGCCACGUGAGCCACGGCCACGGUCGCAUCGGUAAGCACCGCAAGCACCCAGGAGGCCGCGGGAAUGCUGGAGGCAUGCAUCACCACAGGAUCAACUUUGACAAAUAUCAUCCAGGUUACUUCGGCAAAGUUGGCAUGAGGCAUUACCACUUGAAGAGGAACCAGAGCUUCUGCCCAACUGUCAACCUGGAUAAAUUAUGGACGUUGGUCAGCGAGCAGACACGGGUCAAUGCAGCAAAAAACAAGAAUGGAGUUGCUCCCAUCAUUGACGUUGUUCGAUCAGGCUACUACAAAGUUCUGGGGAAGGGGAAGCUCCCUAAGCAACCUGUCAUCGUGAAGGCCAAGUUCUUCAGCAGAAGAGCUGAAGAGAAGAUAAAGGGUGUGGGAGGUGCCUGUGUCCUGGUGGCUUAAAGCCACUUCAGAGGCUAAUUAAAUGCAAACAUUUUCCAUGUG